GCCGAGCGCGGGUCGGACGAGCGGGCACAGGCGCUGUGUCCCGCUCCCGCCGCCCGGUGUGAGCGAGCUCCCAGCCUCCGGCACCUGGAGCGGCGCCCCGGACCAGCCGGGCGAGCCCCGAGGGACGCAGCGCGACGGCGUCGGCAGCAACAGCAUAGACACUGCCUGCGGUCUGCCCGCCAUCGCCAUGGCACCCACCUGCACCAACAGCACGCAGGAGAACAACGGCACCCAGGCGUGCAUACCCCUUUCCAAAAUGCCCAUCAGCCUGGCUCACGGCAUCAUCCGGUCUACCGUGCUGCUCAUCUUCCUGGCCAUCUCCUUCUUCGGCAACAUAGUCCUGGCGUUUGUGUUGCAGCGCAAGCCGAAGCUGCUGCAGGUGACCAACCGCUUCAUCUUUAACCUCCUCAUCACCGACCUGCUGCAGGUUGCUCUCGUGGCCCCCUGGGUCGUGGCCACCUCCAUGCCUUUCUUCUGGCCCCUCAACAGCCACUUCUGCACUGCCCUAGUUAGCCUCACUCACCUGUUCGCCUUCGCCAGUGUCAACACCAUUGUCGUGGUGUCCAUAGAUCGCUACCUGGCCAUCAUCCACCCUCUCUCCUACCCAUCCAAGAUGACCCAGCGCCGUGGUUACAUGCUCCUCUAUGGCACCUGGAUCCUGGCCUUCCUGCAGAGCACACCCCCACUCUAUGGCUGGGGCCAGGCUGGUUUCGAUGAGCGCAAUGCCCUCUGCUCCAUGAUCUGGGGGUCCAGCCCCACCUACACGAUUGUCAGCGUGGUGUCCUUCAUCAUCAUCCCCCUGGUUGUCAUGGUCGCCUGCUACUCCGUGGUGUUCGGCGCGGCCCAGCGGCAGCAUGCCCUCCUGUACAAAGUCAAGAGCCACAGCUUGGAGGUGCGGGUCAAGGACCGUGUGGAGAAUGAGCAUGAAGAGGGAGCAGAAAAGGAUAAGAUCCAGGAUGAGAGCGAGUUCAAUGGCCAGGAUGAAGGUGAGGUCAAGGCCAAGGAGGGCAACUCAGAGACAGAAGAGGACCCCCUGGAAGCCAAGGACGGCAGCAUGAAGGGGAAGGAAGGAAGCCUGCAGAUGAGUGAGUGUAUCCUGGUGGCCAAGGGCAUCGAGGAGGUCAGUGUUGGGAACGAGGAAGGUAAGAAAGGUGGUGCUGAAGCAAAGGAGAGCAGCGCAAAGGCAAACAAGGGGCGCGCAGAGGUCAAUCAGUGCAGCAUCGACUUGGGCGAAGACGACAUAGAGUUUGCUGAGGAUGACAUCCAUUUCAGGGAGGGUGACGUCGAAGCCGUGAACAUCCCAGAAAACCUCCUGCCCAGUCGUCAGGACAGCACCACCCACCCUCCUCUGCCCAGGUGCUAUGAGUGCAAGGCUGCUAAAGUGAUCUUCCUCAUCAUUUUCUCCUAUGUGCUGUCCCUGGGGCCCUACUGCUUCCUGGCAGUCCUGGCCGUGUGGGUGGAUGUCCAAACCAAGGUACCUCAGUGGGUGAUCACAGUAAUAAUCUGGCUUUUCUUCCUGCAGUGCUGUAUUCAUCCCUACAUCUAUGGGUACAUGCACAAGACCAUCAAGAAGGAAAUCCAGGAAAUGCUGAAGAAGUUAUUCUGCAAGAAGAAGCCUCUAAGAGAAGAAGGUAGCCACCCGGAUGUACCCGGAACCGAAGCAGGUUCAGAGAGGGGAACUGAAGGCAAGAUUGUCCCCUCCCACGAUUCUGCUACUUUGCCUUGAAGUUAGUGCUAAUGCAAACCUUGCACUGUCCAUGAGACAGAAAACAAGACCAGCUUUCUUUUCCGUGGAUCACCCACACUCCCAUUAAUGCCAACCCAUACCAUUUCAGGCAAAGGCAUUGCACACAAAUCCUUUCUCACCACAAGGUAGAUAAAUGCUUGGAGAAUUUGGGAACUGGGUUCUUCCCUUAAAGGUGUGCCCCUCAAAGCAUGGACUUGAGGAUUCUGACUGAAAAUUUACCCCCAGAAAAUUAUUAGGCUCUAAAUUUCUUAAAGCAACAAGGGCUACUAUUUGGGACCUAAGCUUGGUAUUCUGCCCUUCUCCCCAGAGCUGCAACAUGCUAGCUUUAGCUCUGAAGGAAAGGGAAGAUGAUAGCUGUGACUUAAAGACUAUUUGGCCCUCGGGUCAGGAGCUUAGUUUAUGUUCAAGUGAAGGAAAAGCAAUGGACCAAAUCAUCCACAGAGCCCAAGAUGCAGAUCUUGAUGGACUGAUCAGCAGCGUAUGAGCCAAACUCUGAACUGGUGCAGAGACUGUCAUGCAAAUUAAGAUAAAAGGCAUUGUGCAGUUAGAAUACCAGGAACGUUUCUAGAUCCCCUAAAAGGAUGGAGAAAUGUGGAAGGACAUGUAUGAAAUGGGAAGCUACUAUGGAGAACACAUCCUUGGGGCUAAGCAGUUGGGUUUUUUCCUCUAAAAUCCUGGGUUGCGCAUGGGGUAGGAUUGAGCUCUCUCCAUGAAAGUGGAAAAUUGUCAAUGGACACUAAAAUCAUUUCCAUCUCCUAUUUGAAUAAUAGUGAGACAGAAAUCAUGCAACUAGUUUCCAAUUUCCCCUUCGUGACUGAAUCAGUAUACUCAUAAGAAUGCUCCAGUUCUCUUUCAAUCACUUGUUUUGCUCUGUUUUAUUUCAGAUAAACCUUUUUGCUCAAACAGUAUUUCCAGGAAAAAAAGAAAUUCAACUAGGAGUGGUCAAAGUUCUGCAAAACUCACACUGCCAAUCAAGAGAUAUGUCUAUCAGAAAUCUCUUUUGUGUUCCUGAAUUCCUAGGCAAGAAAUAGGAUCUCCACAUGGGGACAAGUAAGGCAGGAUGAACAUUUUCCUUCCUCCAGCAAUACUCACGUGUCUUUUCAGCCCAUAGCUCUCUCUAAAGCUUUUAAACUUUCUUCAGAGAAGGGAAAGAAAUGUUAGAUAGUCAGAAAUGACAGGAUGGCUUUAUAAUACCUGGAAAACAUCUGACCUACUCCAAACAAUCCAAAAAAUCAAAGCAUUCGGGUCAGACAUAUCCUAAUUAUUGCUGAUGAAAUGUAUCUCUUCGGGGAAACCUUUGUACUAUCUAAAUUAUCCCUAGAGUAAAUACAGAGAAAGAUUUUUCAAACCUGAAAUCACUUUGGGCAAGGAUAUACCUAUUUCAGAAGGUACAGACCAAAUAAGAGGGAGCCAAAAAAUGGUUAAGCCAGUGGUUUUGAUCCUCCUGAGAUCCAAAUUAAAGCAACUCUGCAGCCAACUAACUAUCCAUGCAAAAAUGCACUGUUAUGGGUGGAGGGAGUGAAUGGAGUAUUUAGUUGAACAAAAUGGUUAACCAGCUGGUUUUGUAUAAGCCUGGCCAUACUCAGAGUUUAGCCUCAUUCUAGUGUCAUUGCUAUGUCUUUAUGAAGACUCAGAUUUUCAUUUAUAUAAAUGUCCAGCUCAUAUAUAUUUCUGUUUAUCUCUUCCUCCUCACAGAUUCCAACGUGAGUUUCUCAAGGGGUAGAUGUAAACAGUGGUGUAUUUGGGCUAUGAGUAUGUCUGGAUGGGAACUUGGGAUUAUUAUAUUCAGAAUGUAGGAGAGGGCAUAGAACCAAACAAUAUCCAGUUGACCUGUCAAAUCAAUAUGCCCAUGGAAACGCUAUGCAUUCCAACUCCUUGAAUUUGGACCCUAUGGUAAUUCAAACAAGGCAUUUGGGCUGAAGUUCAGACUCACAAAUCAUUUAUCUUUCUACCAAAAUUUGUAAAGCAAGUGAAUAGUCAUAAAUUUAUUAUACCAAUGUAUUGCCGGACUCUUGCAGUGACCUGUCCUUAAGGGAUACCCAGGUGCAGAAAUGACAGAAACGGCGUAUGUGAUCAGUCCUCUUUUGGAGGAUUGCAAGACUGUAAUGGUCAAAGGAGCUCAAGUUAGCUAUAGCCUGUCCUUUUAGUGGAAAUUGUUAUUGGGCAGGAAAAGGGAUUUCAAGCAUAACUGUUUCCAACAUUUUGUUAAAACUGAACUUCUUGUUUUAUUUUUAAAGCUCACUCCCUUCAAAGUGUAUCAGAGAACACUGUUUGCCCAAAUCCCAAAUCCAAAUGGAACCAGAGCCUGUGCAAGUGUGGUAAGUCCAUCGAACGGCAAACAUAACAUUCUCUAGGGUGCCGAGACUCACCAGUUCCUUCUAAAGUUUCCCUUUUACCUAUUUUAGUUUCUGUCCAUUCUUUUGGCAAAUUGGAUUCCUCAAAGGUGAAGACCUUUUGAAAAUAAGAUGCUGGAAAAGAGGACUUUUGAAUUAAGGGGAUUCUGCUUUGGUGACACGUUCUUCUUACUGAACAAUAUGGCCAUAGCUUGGAGAUAGCAACCGCUUCAAAUUUUUUUGCUGUUUUGAAUAAAGCACUAUCAACUUAAUGAGGUUUUACUGCACAUACUGUUUUGCCAUUUGAAAAUCUGAAAGCACACACACACAAAGGCAUCAUUAGCUUCACAGUUGCUUUCCCUAAAUGUUUUUAAAGGAUGUAUUCUUUGGCCAAGGCCACUUCAUAUGUGCAGUAAAAACUCCCAUUAAAGUACAGAGGCCAGACAAACCAGACUUUGAAAUGAUGUGAUUUUAAAUGGAAUGAUUUCCUUACUUAAGAACAAUAGGGCAUCUAGUUUGCCAAGGAGUCACAGGUGCCUUGACUAACACACCAAUUUCAACAAGCUUGGAAAAGCAGUAGCAAGGAGCAAGCCCUGGGCUUCUGUGACUUGGGUGACGUGAGGGCCCUUCUUCGUAAGACACCACACAUACCAGCUGCUGGCAAGUCCUGUGCACUUCCAGCUCCCUGCCUGCCUUUUGCCUUCCUGCCCACCAACUUCACCUACUCACCCCCUGCCCCUGCUGUGCUGGCCCUUCACGGAUGCCUGUGCCUGAAACUCUGUGUGCUCAUCCACUCCCCAUGCAUCCCUUCCAAACCCAAAGCUAUGAGACUCACAGGGACCUGGGGCCCAUGGAAGCAGAAAGAAAUGAGCCAUAGGAGUGACCAGCAAUUUGAGGUACUUUUUGUCUGCCCAACUCCAAUCCAAUUUAGAGAUGACUCGAUACCCACUUCAAAUUCAACCGGUAAGGAAAAGUGCCAUUUCAUGAUUUUGGAAGAGCUAGGCACCUUAUUUCUAAAACACACCCUAUGCGACACACUUUGAGAGCAUAGUCGGUUCUGUGAUAUCAUCUAAUUGUUUCAACAAAAACAAACAAAAAUCUUUUACCUAUAAAAUUAUAAGGUGGCUGACAUUGCCUUAUUUUGUACAUGAUUAGCCAAUUAAGCUAGGUAAAGUUGCUUCGGAAGAAUUUUUCAUACUACCUGAAAAAAUUUACAUGAUUAAAAUAGGCUUUCUUAGACUUUGCCAAAAAUCUCUUAAAAGUGAAACACACCAUUUGGAGGAGAAAAAAGUAUUCAUCCUCUGGUAAUUUGAAAUCUCGAAGAUAAAACACUUGGAAUCGUUGGGGUGAAGCAGUAACCUACUGAACUGUAAUUUUUCCCUCUUAACUACCCUCUCACAUAUUUUAAGGGAAAAAAAUCCACUUCAUAAUGUGUUUUCUGUUGUAUUUCUCUUGAAGACAAACCCCAGGUUGUCAGGAGAGGUUUCUCCAAGCAAAAUGUCUUUUCCUUCUAAAGCAGAGAAUUAAAGGAUGAGUUGGCUGCUAGCCAGGGACCAAGAUAAGGAGAGAAAGUAUGGCUUUUAACUCUCUUCCUCCUUAUCUCUCUCUCGUUUUCUAUGGACUGGAACUGGAUCGGUGCGCUUGGCCGCUCAAAGCCCCUCCAAGCUUAGGCAUGAAGAGACAGAGGCAUGAGCGGUAAAAGCAGACCAUGGUCUAAAACUCCCAAAAAAGGCAAACCUUUGUCAUACACUCUUUCCAAUUCUAUAUAGUCUCUUCCUCUCUGGCAGAUGCCCAGCUUGCUUAUAGCACGUUUUCUGCUAUAAGCAACAAAACUGGCUAGAGGAAUAAAUAGGAAAGCUAAAAUCCUCUGAACUUGGCCACUGACUGCCAUGCCACUGGCCAGUUCACUACUCUUUGAUAAGUAGGACAAGAAUCCUCAAGACAAACGGAAGUUGCCAAUAGGAGUUAGAUAUUUCCAUCAUUGCCUCUCAAAGCCUCCAUAUCUCAGAGUAUACACACCAAGGGGAAACCACAGUAACUUGUACACUCAUAGGUUUGCUAUGUCAGGAUUCAUUCCUGUAUCUCUAAAACAUAGUCAAAAACAAGGUUGGUUUUAGUUCGGUGCUUCAAACAUGAGUGGCUUUCCCUCCCUCCCCCCUUCAUCUGUGUUACAACUUUUAAUGUUAAAAGUUUGGUAUUUUUGUCCUGUUUCAGUGAUGUGAAACUUUUGUAGUAAUUCUUCUAAAUGUAAGCUCUAACUGUAUAUAAAGUGUAAGUGUUCUUGGAGAUAAGGUGCUAGGUACUAGAUUGUGUGUGUGUUCAUAGAUGGUGUCAUUCUAAAAAAAUAAGUAGUAUGUACAUGUGAAGUUAGUUAAUUAAGUGCAUGCAGAUUCUUUGUGUGGCCAACACCUUGGUCAGUUUCUGAAAUAGAACAUAGUAUAUUUGUUUUUAAAAAAUAUUAUUUUUAAAGUGUAUACUAUAAGAUAUGUAAGAUGGCUCGAAAGUGAGCUAGCAGGAAGUGGUGCCUUUCAUCCCUUAAAUCCCUGGUACAGCGUAUGACAGGCAGAAACUUAUUCUGGUAUGACUGGUCAUUAAUGUGAACCUAUCAUCUUGGCUGAAGACCUCCCUGGCAGUUCUCCACGACACGCCUGGCACCUGUAUGCCUGGUUUCCAUGAACUGAAUGUAUAGAAUGCAAACUCAAAGAAGACAAUCCUUUCCCUGUCAAGAAGCAAGGACUUCUGGAUAGACUGUCGGAGUCCUCUUAGCAGGAUGAAAAGAAUGCUGCACUUUCAAGACCCAGCCUGUAGCCAGGACCUGACUGUGAAGUGACAGGAUUUGCACUUAAGCAGAUCCACAUUGUGACUAUCCUGCCCUCCCAGAGCAGUCCCAAAACCCAGAAAAGGGCUGCUCUUUUUUCCCUCUGCUUGGUUGUCUGGGAGACAACAAUAGGGCAUGGAGGGGUGACUCCCAUGACUCUUCUGAGGGUUGUGGCUGAGGCAUUUGAGAAUUCUAAUUGCAGAUCAGUGGUAUUUGCAACAGACAAAAGAGAACUAUGAGAUAAUUUUAUUAUAUUUUGAGAACAAAAAUAUUAACAUGAGAAGACUAUAUUAUAUAUACACCCUUAUUAAAUCAUUAAACUGCCUUUAAUAACAAAUUUUAUGUGCUACUUUGAAACAGACUAGAAAAAAUACAUUCAGACAAUAGAAGUUCUCUUUAAUACUUUACAUUUUAAAUUUAAACAUUUCCUUUUAAAAAAGUAUUUGUAAUUUAAAAGUGCCUUUUUAAAGGAUUGUCAAACUCCAAUCCUGGGGCCAAGUUCCCAUUGGCACAGCUUACCUUCAGGUGCACAAAGGGAGUGGACUUCAUCCUCCUCUCAGAAAGAAGAGAAACCCCAUCACACCCCAGUCAAAUCUGAUUUGUGACUCUAUACCUGGGCUGGUAGCCCCAGAGACUAUGCCCAAGGCUGAGGUUUCAUAUAUUGAUUGACUUUAGUUAGAUCCUUUCUAAAAUGGUUAAAUGCAUUUUUUUGUUGGACAGGAAUAACGGACUCCUGCUUGGACAAUGCAGAGAUCUAUGUUUGUGAUUUAACUAAGUAUUAUUUAGUAAUCUUUGUGUUUCUUAAAUAGGUGCUGUAAAUUGUCAUUGGUAUAUUCUUCAUAAACAUGCUAAAUAAAGUCUAAUUUUGUGUGUGAA